AUGCAUUUGCCAGCGCACCAUGGAUUAUACACAGCUGCAUUAGCCCCAUUGAUCUACGCCAUCUUUGGCUCAAGCACUGUAUUAUCGGUAGCCAGUGGCUCGGAAGUCUCGUUGCUAGUAGGCUCGACGCUCGAGAAGAUUGAGAACGAAGACGAACGUGUAGCUACGAGCAUUUUUAUGGCAUUUCUUAGUGGCUGUAUUCUACUAUUGGUCCGAAUCUUCAAUCUGAGUCAAAUUGCGGACUUUUUCUCGCGUCCGGUUAUGGGUGGGUUUAUUUCAGCUGGUGGAUUGCUUAUUAUGCUCUCACAAGUGCCGAAUGCGUUGGGUCUAAAGUUAAAGUCUCAAGAUUUUCCACCCGCUAAAGUGGUCCAGAUUCUCGAAAAUUUGGGUGAUACAAACUUAAACGCUUGUGCUGUGGCUGUUCUUUCGAUCCUUUACCUGAUUUUAGUGAAAAAGGUAAAAAAGCGUAUGUUUCCAUCACCAGUGAUCAUGCAGCUUUUUCAAGUUAAAUCGCCUGAGAAGAAAAAGGUCGAGGAAGACGAGAAUAUUGGACAACGUACAUCCAACAUUAGACCAGACAUGUCACCAGGUCAGCAAUCUAGGACAUAUCAGACUCAACAAACUCCUCAGAACGAGCAGGAUGUCCACAAGAUAGAACAGUCGUCCAAGUCACUUCCUGCGAUGUUUUUCUUGCGCACAUUUUGUGAUCUCGGCCCUCUCUUUGUCUGUAUUUUUGGUGGAAUAGUUGGCUAUGUACUAGGCCCAACCCACUUAAAACUCACAGGUGAGAUCCCUCGUGGGUUCCCUGAGCCAAAGUUACCAUGGUACGGCUUUACAUCCCAUUUAAUUAACAGUGACCGCUUUGGUACUAUCAUGUACCAUACUGUCACUGUUUCCAUCGUUGUCUUUUUAUCAAGUAUCGCCAUGGCCAAACGUCUUGCUAUUCAGCGUGGUGAAGAUAUAAAUACGAAACAAGAGCUCACAGGCAUUGGGAUAGCUAGUGUCAUAUGCGGUUUCUUUCAAGGUGUACCCCCCACGGGUGGAAUGUCCCGUACUGCUGUAAAUUUACAAAAUGCUCAUACUCAAUUAGCAUCAAUUAUCACAUGUCUUAUUGUGAUUUUUGCAUUGUACACACUCACGAGUACAUUAUAUUACUUACCAAGCGCGACACUGGCAUCAAUAAUUAUUGUGGCAGGUUGGAGUCUCGUUGAAUUUCGUGAAGCCAAGUGGUUGUAUCAUGUUAAACGUGAUGAGUUUGUUGUAUGGUCAGCGUCAUUUGCAUCUACUUUGGGUCUUGGUGUACUCAAUGGCUUGAUUGCGUCUGUUCUCUGUUGUAUCCUGGUACUUAUGUGGAAAUCAAAAGUAGAUCCUAUUGUUAUUUUGGGUGAAAUGGAAAAUGGUCAUUUUGUUGACCGUAACAAUUUUCCACAAUCAACUCAAUUGAGUGAUAUCAUUGCAAUUCGUGUUGAGAGAUCUCUCUACUUUGCCAAUUGUGAGUGUGUACCUCAAUUUAUUGAUCGAGAGAUGCAGCGGCUGAUCAUUUUAGGGAUAGAUCCUCGUGGUGUGGUCUUGGAUACGAUUCACAUGAAUGACAUGGAUGCCACAACGAUUCAAGUGUUAUCAGACACACAGGAAAAACUGGCAAAACGAAAAGUGCACUUUGCCAUUGCCAAUGCCAAAAGUCGAGUAGCUCACAUCUUGACGGCUACGAACCUGCCGAAACGCAUAGUAGCAGGCGAUCCGACCAUUUCAGUUGGCGAUGCCAUUCACAUGAUACGCGAAUUAACGCAAUUUGGCAACAAGUCAACUAACAAUUUAGUGUAA